UUGGGUUCCCGACAUCCACCGCGGCGGGGUCGCGCAGAGCCGGAAGUGAGUGCAACUCCCGGCUGAGCCACCUCAUUCAUCCGCAGUAUGGCGGCGCCGGGCAGCAGCGUCCUGUGCCUCUUCGAUGUGGACGGGACCCUGACCGCCCCCAGGCAGAAAAUCACAGCAGAAAUGGCAGAUUUUCUGCAGAAGCUGCGGAAGAAGGUGAGAGUUGGAGUUGUAGGUGGUUCAGAUUUUGACAAAGUUCAAGAGCAGCUGGGAGACGAUGUGGUUGAAAAAUUUGACUACGUCUUUCCAGAAAAUGGUCUUGUAUCAUACAAAGAUGGGAAAUUUUUGUGCAAGCAGAGCAUUCAAAGUCACCUGGGUGAGGACCUGCUCCAAGAUCUAAUCAACUAUUGUCUGAGUUACAUUGCAAAGAUUAAACUGCCAAAGAAAAGGGGUACUUUUAUUGAGUUCCGAAAUGGGAUGCUGAAUGUCUGCCCUGUUGGGAGAAGCUGCAGCCAAGAAGAGCGAAUCGAGUUCUAUGAACUUGAUAAAAGGGAACAUAUAAGAGAGAAAUUUGUAGCUGAUUUACAAAGAGAAUUUGCAGGAAAAGGCCUCACAUUUUCUAUAGGGGGGCAGAUAAGCUUUGAUGUAUUUCCAAAUGGCUGGGAUAAGACAUACUGCUUAGGAAUUGCCUGCAACGAUGGAUACAAGACUAUCUAUUUCUUUGGAGAUAAGACCAUGCCAGGUGGAAAUGAUUAUGAAAUCUACACAGACUCCCGAACAAUAGGCCACAGUGUCACAUCACCAGAGGACACAAGAAGAAUCUGUGAAGAGCUAUUUUUUUUAAAUAAAUGACUUUGUUUUCCUUUAGAUUUGACAGCAGCCAAACACUGUGUUCAGCUAAAGUCAAGAAGAAAUACCAAUCCCUUCAAACAUGAAAUAUUUCACUUC